UUCAUCCAGUCUGUUGUUGAACAGCAGCAAGUUUGUUUGGUUAUGGUAGUAUAGAAACCACAAAGUUUUUUUUUAUAAUUGUGCUUUAAUAAAUAUUAUUUUAGCAAUUAAAAUUAAUUGCUUACAUUUGUGAAAAUCAAAUCACAAGAAUUUGAAUUAUUCUUAAAUUAUUACGAAUCGAACGAACUAGAUUGCGAAACGCAAAUACUUGUGUUGUCUUGCCACUGGUCUUGCAUAGGAGCCAUUGAUAUUUGUGUUGAAAAUUUGUGCGCGAUUUAAAAUUUUAAAUAAUUAUUAUUAUUUACAACAACGAACGAAUUAACUGCUGAUGAUAUCGAACGUCAUUUUAAUUUUAAUAGACAAUUUAAAAUAAUUAUAUAUAAAUAUAUAUAUUUAUUUAUUUAUUAACUAUAAAACAAGUGUUUGAGCAAUUUAUUUAUUUUUAUUUAUUAAUAAUAAUAACAUUAAAAUGUGGAGACAAUCAGGAGCAAAACAGUCAAUGGACAAGAAUGUUUCAGAUAAAGAUAAAAAAGUUGGGGAGCAGGACUCCGGAACAGUCGACUCGGGUUUCCUUUCAUCUGGAAAUAUUAUUUUGAGUUCUUCAGAGCUCAGCGGUGAGCUUCUGAGCUCAUCUAUUUCGUCUUACAUCGACGAAAAAGAAACUGAGCUUGAAUGCGAAGGACAAGAGGACGUGGACGCCCCGUUUUCAAAGUGUCAAGUUGCUGAUGAAAAAUCAGUUCAAGUUGAUAGUGGUCUUGAUCUCGGCAUCUGCGAAAGUUUGAGUAUGGAUUUGGAAAAAGUAUCUCUGAACCCGCUCCAGGGAAAAACUCUGACACAAUCGGAGCCCGCACUUGAGCCCAUCGAGGACAAAGAAGAGGAUAAUGAGGAAAAAAAAUCAUUUCCGCCCAAGAUUCUUCAAUGGGAGAUGUACUACCAACAAAAUAGCGAUGGUGAUACACAAUUGCACGUGGCAAUUAUUUUUGGAGGUUUCGAGGAUGCUGCAUGGAAACUCAUUGAAAUGGCGCCAGAUUCCCGUCUGCUGGACAUUCUAAAUGACCAUGGACAGAGUCCAUUACACUUGGCCGUACUUACUAACCAAGUGAGAAUUACUAGACGUUUGAUUCUUGGGGGCGCAAAUCCAUCUGUCCGGGACAUUGAAGGAAAUACUCCACUUCACUUAGCCUGCAUAAACGGGGAUUUAUAUUCAGCUUACGCUCUAACUGACCCACUCUCAAACUUCGAGCGUUCUCACCUCGGGCCAAAUUGCAAAAUUCCUGCUUUACCACAAGAUUUAGAACAACGAAACUAUAAAGGACAAAUGUGCAUCCAUAUCGCCGCCAAAAAUGAUCACGCAGACAUCAUGCGAUUGUUGUUGCGGCUUGGAGCAAAUCUUGAAGCAAGAGAAGGCUUGGGGGGAAAAACGGCGCUUCAUAUUGCCGUUGAAUCCAACUGUCACUCUGUUUUAAAUUUUAUUUUGAACGAGUGCAGACCCUGUUUCGACACACCGAAUUACGCAGGAUUAACCGCGUAUCAAUUGGCUGCGUGUAUCAAUAUGCAAUUAGCAAACAAACUCGUACAGUUUGGUGCCGAUCCAAAGUACAAGCCUGAAUCUGAUUCAGACAUAAGUGAUGAUUCGGAAAGUGACGAAGAACUUUACGUGCCAGAGCUUCCAAGACAUAGACAUCAAGAUUGCGGUCUUACUGUAUAAGAAAAAAAAUAU